AUGACAGCCGAUAUGGAUACUCAGAAUGAAUACGAUGAUAGUGGACUCCCGGGGCCCGGAGCGCCCACGCCACUUUCAGCUUUAGAAGGUGUUGCAGGAUUAACGGGAAGAGACAUCAAAUUGUUUGUCGAUGCCGGCUAUCACACUGUCGAAUCAAUUGCGUAUACGCCAAAGCGUUUACUGGAACAGAUCAAAGGUAUCUCGGAGCAGAAGGCUACCAAGGUUUUGGUUGAAGCUGCCAAGCUUGUGCCGAUGGGUUUCACGACUGCAACGGAAAUGCAUGCUCGUCGAAGCGAGCUUAUAUCGAUCACGACAGGAUCCAAGCAAUUGGAUACUCUACUAGGCGGUGGCAUAGAAACGGGAUCUAUUACCGAGAUAUUCGGAGAAUUUAGGACAGGUAAAAGUCAGAUUUGCCAUACGCUUGCGGUAACUUGCCAGCUACCAUUCGACAUGGGUGGUGGGGAAGGGAAGUGUCUUUACAUUGAUACCGAAGGGACAUUUCGACCGGUGCGUUUGUUAGCAGUUGCUCAACGGUACGGGCUUGUCGGGGAAGAGGUGCUUGAUAAUGUGGCGUAUGCCCGAGCUUAUAACUCGGAUCACCAGCUCCAGCUUUUGAACCAGGCGUCUCAAAUGAUGUGCGAAACUCGUUUCUCACUCCUUGUCGUUGACUCGGCUACAUCGCUGUAUCGGACAGAUUUCAACGGCCGUGGUGAACUAUCAACUCGACAGACGCAUCUGGCCAAAUUCAUGCGUACCUUGCAGCGCUUAGCGGAUGAAUUUGGUAUCGCCGUCGUUAUCACAAACCAGGUCGUCGCCCAGGUUGACGGCGGUCCGAGUGCGAUGUUCAAUCCAGACCCUAAGAAGCCAAUUGGCGGAAACAUCAUCGCACACGCUAGCACGACUAGAUUGAGUCUAAAAAAGGGGAGAGGGGAGACCCGAGUGUGCAAAAUCUAUGACAGUCCCUGUCUGCCCGAGAGUGACUGUCUUUUCGCCAUCAAUGAAGAUGGCAUUGGGGAUCCUAGCCCCAAGGAUUUGGAGAAUAACUGA